AUUUUUAGAAAGGAUUGACCUCAAAAUGAAAUUUCAUUUUUUAACUUCGAAGGUUAAGAAUGAAUGUUUGGACUGAAAUUCAAACAGAAAAUACAAACAGGAAGAGAUCAUGGCUAUUGAUGCAAUCGAAGCUUCAUCUCCUCCAUGUCAACCCCCGUCUAAUUUUAGUUCGUUCAAUCAACUCCGACACUUCUACGUGGCCGUCGACAGACCCCACUUCAAAAUGGAGACGUUAAUUGAUCUCCUAGGAGUGGCGGGUCGACGCCCGUGCCUUCCGAUAGUGGUAUGUUGCAACUCACGUGAUGAGCUCGACGCCCUCUGCUCCGCUGUAUCGGAUCUCCCUUACAUUUCCUUGUCCUGUUUGUCUUCUAUAUGUCAGUUCAGUGACCAAGCUGAAGCGGAACGAGGUUUAUUUUUGGAGAAAUUCAGGGAAGCAACGAUGAAAUGGAGCCAACAUGUUGCGGUUGAGACAGGAGAUGGUCAUGAAAUUGAUAAAGAAGAGCAGAAAUCUUGUAUGAUCGUCGUAACCGAUGCCUGCCUUCCGCUUCUUGCUUCUGGGGAAUCCUCUAUGUCAGCUCGUUUUUUGAUUAAUUACGAAUUGCCAACAAAGAAGGAAACGUAUAUGAGGCGCUUGACUUCGUGUUUGGCAGCAGAUGGAAUCGUGAUCAAUAUGGUUGUUGGGGGCGAAGUAGUAACUCUAAAAAGCUUAGAAGAAAGCAGUGGCCUUAUCAUAGCUGAGAUGCCUAUUAAUAUCUCCGAGAUAUUAUGAUGAUUUUUUAUCAUCUUCAAUUUCCUAACGGUGAUUAAGCAAUCCUUUUGAACUCUUUACAGCACUUAAAAUGCUCAAACAUAGCAUGUGGUGUAUGAGUUGUUGAGACAUUGACACUGAACGUUAUUCCUGUAGUAUUUCUUACAGUCUCUUCUUAGUUCUAGAUACGGGCUUCUUACCGUCUUUGCACUCUCAAUUUGGUUCUUUGCCGUCCCAAAGUAGACCUCAACUUGGGGAUAGUAUAAGUGACGUGAAUGCUGGGGUUCGAGAUAGGCUAAAUUCUGCUUAGUCCAUGUAUUUUAUGAAAGUUGUGGUUUUAGUCCCUAUAAUUUGGUUGUUUUUAGUCUUUGUAAUUUUUGAAUUUUAAAAUUUCAGUCUCACCAAACUAUAACUGUUAAAUUCAUUUCCAAAAUUUGAUGUAGGAAA